AGAAGCACGAAAGGAAGAGCGCGGCUCCUUGGCCAGUCUCCCGGGGCCAUGGGCGGAAGGGAGCGGGGUCCGAGCUGAUCCGCAGCGAUCCCCUUCAGAUCAUCGACAGCCAACUUCUACCAAAAGGUCCCCCAAAGCCCUUUGGAGCGAAAUCGAUCGGAGAGCCUCCCAAGAAGAAAGAGCGAGGAAGAUAUCGCGGUGGCUACGUUCAGAUAACCGGGAUAACCAGGAUGAUCGGACGGGAUCCGAUCGAGGGCAGCGCCUAAGUUUCCUCAGAGGACGGCAAGGGUCUUCGGUUGGACUGGAGCUGCACGGGGGCGCCUGGUUGAAGGGCGAUGUUGUUGCACCGGGUUCCCCUCUUGCUCUGGGGAGCUGUGCUGGGGUCCUUCGUGCUUGGGACUUUUUGCGCCUCUCCUUCACACUCCCUGUCCUACUCCUACCUGCAACUUUCAGAGCCCACUCAGGGCCAGAACCAGUUCUUCAUUAGGGGCUACUUGGAUGACCAGCCCAUCAUCCGCUUUGACAGCCUCACCAGGAAGAUGGAGCCUCUGGUGCCCUGGGUGGAGGAGGUGGAGAAGGAGAGGUUUCUGCCCCCUGAAUGGGUCUUCAGGGAUGACCUGGACAAGUUAUCAAAACUGGACCACCAUGCUGAAGGUGAGCAGAGCCAGGGACAUCAAUGCCUCCUGAAAAGGAAAGAAGAUCCCAAUCUCCACCCCCAAUUAUCUCUCACACUUAAAAAAUCUUCAUGGCCUGACCUCAAUAGUAAUAGCAGCACUUAA